UUUUGCAUCUGACAACUCUGGAAAAAAGUUCCAAGACGCUUGUCUUGUUUAUUUCACUGAUUUCUGAACAUACGGAAGGACAGGACAGGCGAAACCAUGCCUGAGUACAUGCUGUGCAGGAUUUGCUUGACGGAGGACAUCAACUCGGAGGCGAUGGCUCCGCUGUUUGACGAUGAUGAUGCCCAGUGCCGGGAGCUGGUGCGCAAGAUUGAGGAAGUGGGCAGCAUAAAGCUUGUGCCGCUUCAGAACAUCCCAAGCAUGCUGUGCUACAGCUGCGUGGAGCGACUGACCAGUGCCCAUAAGUUUCGGGAGUUGUGCCAGGAGAGCGAACGAACGUUUGCCACCAAUGUGGUCAAGGCCGAGAUGAAGUCAGAACCUACGGAUGAGGGGCCGCACAUUGUGGCCGACCACAUCGAGUACAUCUACGAAUCGGCCACUGACUUUAUUGAUGGCGUGGAAGAGGACAUCGAGAUGGACAACAUGAUGGAGGAGCGUCUGGACGAUUGCGUUGCGGAAACUACUCAGCCCUACGAAAUCAAAGAUGUGGUGGACGAAAUGGACGAUAAUGACUUUAUGGUGCCUAAUAGCACCGAUAGCGACUACCAGCCUAGUGAACGCAAGCCCAAGGUGCGGAAAUCGCGGCUGACCAAACGUGGACGUGGACGUCCCCGCGGCUCUGGCUCCUCCCAUCGACGUAGUCUUAGUCAGGAGCGCCCAUCUGUGCAAUCAAUUUGCAAGGAGGAGUCAUCCACAAACAUCAUGUGUGAGAUUUGCGGCAAUAUUUACUCCAAGCGGGCGGCGCUCAACAUCCAUAUGCGUCGCCACAUGGCCGAAAAGCCAUUUGAGUGCGAAAUCUGCGGCAAAACCUUUGCGGGUCCAUCCGAACUGAAUCGCCACAUUCGAGUGCACACCGGCGAAAAACCCUUUACGUGUAAAUUCUGCAAUCGCUCAUUUGCGGACCGCAGCUCCAAUAUUCGCCAUGAAAGAACCCACACAAACGAGCGACCUUUCACCUGCUCCACCUGCGGCAAGGCAUUCUCAUACUCAAAUGUGCUAAAGAACCACAUGCUCACCCACACGGGUGAGAAACCCUUUCUUUGUCGGCCGUGCAAUAAGACCUUCUCCCGCAAGCAUCAGCUGGAACAGCAUAUAGGCACGAUGACCCACCAACAGACUGUUAGGAACCACCAGAAUAACGAACCGAUGCGGCACUCAGAGAUCUAUCAAAUUGAGCAUAAACUGAAUUUUUUAAACAAAACUAUGACGCUUGAAUGUCGGACCUGUGGAGGCAUCAUCUAUAACACAAAGGCCAAGAAUCUCUUUCUCAUAGAGAACGCACAGUUGCUGCUAAACGUAAAUCUUAUAUCUGGCGUUAUGCUUUCUAACGAUCCGGAUCUGCCAAGUUGCAUAUGUGCCUGCUGUGUCCUUGAUUUAAACAACGCCAUCGUUUUCCGAGAACGGUGCAUCAAAACGCAGCAGCAUCUUCUCCGGCGCAUUGAGACUCAAGAAGCGGAAGAUCAAGGACACAUAGACUAUGAGGAAGAGGAAGAGGAGAAUUUGACAAUAAAACAGGAAUCUGUAAUCAGCAAAUUGAAUUCACCUGGUUUGCCUACGAUUCGUUUAGACGAUUUGGAGUUCGUUAACGAAUUUCAAGAUCUUGAUGACGAAGACGUCGAAGUUGGAGAGGAGGUGGCCUACGACGUCGACUCCCUCAUCACAAGUGUCCAGAAAGAGUUUGAAAGCAUCUAUGGCGACGAAAGUGAUGAAAAUGAGGAUCGGGAAAGUCUUAAGGAGGACAAGUACAAUAUAAUGGAGAAUUGUGAAAGUGGAUCACCUCCAGAUUCGCCAAGAGAAACCUCAAAACCCAAAAGAAAAAAACAGUACGUAACAUGGAAGAACAUGACAGAGGAUCAAAUCGUCGAGAGAAAGCGCCAGCAACGGAAACGAGAUUGUGUCUGUGAACAAUGCGGUCGGCACUUUACCGACCAGAGCAACUUCAAGUUGCACAUGCUGCGGCACACCGGGAUAAAGAACUUUGCCUGUCAGGAGUGCGGCAAGCGAUUCUACACCGAGCACCUCAUGACGCUACACCAGCGAAUAGUUCACCAGGGCGAGAAGCCGUACUCCUGCCGGUACUGCUCAAAAUCCUUCCACAACAGCACCACCCGCGUCGUCCACGAAAGAGCUCACACCAACGCCAAACCUUACGCCUGCCGCCACUGCGACAAAAGCUUCAGCUCGGCAUCCGGACGAAAGAGACACGAACUGAUCCACACAGGUGUGAGGGCCUUUGCCUGUACAAUCUGCGAACAAAGCUUCCAGCGCAACACCCACUUAAAGGCCCAUCUGCGAUCCAAGUUUCACAUUUUUAAGGCAAGAGAAAACGGUAUUGAGCUUGGAUAAACUUUGGUUUAUUAUAGUAAAUUAUAAUUAUUACAAAACUA